AAACGAGUUGGGCUUCCGAAAUUUAAAAAAAAAAAAUCACUUAUCAUUCAAAAUAAGCAACGUCAAACGGACACCAAAUUUUGCUAGAAAGUUAAUCCAUUGUGAGGUACACAUUCUUUGCAAUCCUUUUUACUUCUUUGAGUUUCAACUGUCAAAUGUAAUUAUUAAACUUACCACCAAUAAAAGAAAAAUAACUCAUUCAAUGAAAAAGUUAUUACACGUGAUAUAAUGUAAUUAAUUGAAAAUAGCAAAAUAAUGAAGUGCUAUCCUCUUCUUCACCCAAAGAGCCGAUGCUAGUUGCAAUUAAGGCCCAACUAACAAGGUUCAACAUUUUCCGAUUUAUUAUUUAGAAAAAAAAAAAAAAAAAAAAGGUUUAACAUUUAAACGAAGGCAAAACAUUGCCCAAAGUUAGGUGUAUUUUGAGAGAAGCUAAGGGAGAGAGAAUACCAAAAAAAGAGGAAGGAAUCAAGAAAUGGAUGGUGAAAUCAACAACUUCAUCAAGGUAUGGAUCCUAACCAACACCUCUCUAUGUUAUUGUUACUACAUAGCAGCUAAAAUCCCAAAGGGCAUCAUCAGGCUCAUCUCUCUCCUCCCCAUCUUCUACAUCUUCAUCAUCCUCCCCUUGAAUCUCCACUCAUUCCAUCUCUGUGGGCCCACAACUUUCUUUCUGGUUUGGCUUGGCAUCUUUAAGCUCCUCCUCUUCUCCUUUAACCUUGGCCCUUUAUCCCCAACCCCACCAACACUAGUUCAAUUCAUCUCCAUAGCUUGCCUUCCCAUUAAAAUCAAACAAAACCCACCUCAAAAAUCACCCCAAAACACAGAUCAAAACCCUCCAACCCCUCAAAAUAACAAAAACCCAUCUCACCAAACCACCCCAAAACCCAAGAAAUCUGUGAACCCAAUUGAUCAAACCCUCACAAAUGUGCCCAAUAAGUCAAUUUUGCUGGCCAUAAAAGCCUUGCUUUUGGCUUUGGUCAUUAGGACAUAUGAAUAUAGACCACAUUUACACCCGUACAUAAUCUUGGCUCUGUACUGCUGCCACAUGUACCUUGGCAUAGAACUUGUGCUGGCCUUGAGCGCCGUCCCAGCUCGAGCCAUACUUGGAUUUGAGCUCGAGCCGCAGUUCACCGAGCCCUACCUUUCCACUUCGCUUCAAGACUUUUGGGGCCGCAGGUGGAACCUCAUGGUCACCAACAUCCUACGCCCCGUCGCCUACGACCCCGUACGCCGUAUAUCUAUGCGUAUACUUGGGCCUCGGUGGUCCCGGUUCUUGGCUGUGAUGUCCACUUUUGCGGUCUCAGGUUUAAUGCACGAGGCGAUAUACUAUUAUCUCACACGUGUGUCUCCCACGUGGGAAGUGACGUGGUUCUUCGUCCUACAUGGCGUUUGCGUGGCGGUUGAGGUAGAGAUGAAGAAGGCGGCGACUGACAGGUGGCGGUUGCACCCGAUGGUUUCGAGGCCGUUGACAAUAGUGUUUUUGGGUGUGACAGGCAAUUGGCUGUUCUUUCCUCAGUUGCUGAGAAAUGGUGUGGAUUUGAAGGCUAUAGAUGAGUAUGGGAUUAUGAUAGAUUUUGUCAAGGCUCAUCUGCCCUUGCACAUUAUUGGUGCAAAAGAUAGUUGAUUGAUACACACUUCAUGUGUAGGUGCUCAUUUUUAUGCCAAAAGGAUCCAUUGCUCAA